AUUAGGUAGGCAUGGCCAUCAAAACCUCUUUCUUAAGCUUCUCUAGCACUAGCCUUUGGCUGGAUUCUGUAACCAACCUCGCAAUGCUUGAUCUACUAAAUACCAGCUAUUUGCUACGUAUUCUUGCAUCGAUAGUUUUACUUCUUUUCAUCAAGUUUGGUGUAAAUUCCCUUAGGAAACAGCCCUCUUUAUCAGCUUCAUUUCCAUUACCUCCAGGACCAUCACCUUGGCCAAUUUUGGGCAGCAUACCAGAAUUACUUCGUAAUAAACCAAGAUAUAAAUGGAUACUAGGUCUGAUGGAAGAACUGAAUACUGAAAUCGCAUGUAUUCGUCUUGGUAACGUUCAUGUAAUUCCAGUAACUUCUCCCGAACUUGCUCGAGAAUUUUUGGAUAAACAAGAUGCGGUGUUUGCUUCAAGGCCUAGAACAAUGGCUACUGAGUAUUUGAGUCGUGGGUUCUUAACUGCUGUUGUUACACCGUGGGGAGACCAAUGGAAGAAGAUGAGAAGAGUUGUGAGCUCCGAAAUGGUCAGUCAUAAGAGACUUAAAUGGCUUCUCGAGAAGAGAAAUGAGGAAGCUGACAACCUUGUGUUUUAUUUACACAAUCAGUGCCAUAAAAACUCGUUGAGUGGAGGUGCAGUGUUUAAUAUAAGAUUACUAACAAGGCAAUUCAGUGGGAAUGUAAUUAGAAAAAUGAUUUUCAACAAAAGGUGUUUUGGCCAAGGAAGAAAAGAUGGAGGACCCGGUAUUGAAGAGAUAGAACAUGUUGAUUCAGCUUUUGAAGUCCUAUAUUAUGUUUAUGCUUUUGGUAUACAAGAUUAUUUACCUUAUUUGAGAUGGUUGGAUAUAGACGGUCAUGAAAAGAUUGUCAAGAAAGCAAUGGGGGUUGUGGAUAAGUAUCAUGACCCAAUUAUUGAAGAAAGGAUUCGACAAUGGCGCAAUGGAACUAUGGAGAACAAAGUGCCUGACGAUUUGCUAGAUGUGCUUAUUUCGCUUAAGGAUGAAAACGGGAACUCAUUGUUAUCAACUGAAGAGAUCAAAGCUCAAGUAACGGAAAUAAUACUGGCGACAGUGGAUAAUCCGGCAAAUACAGUCGAAUGGGCCAUGGCAGAGAUGAUAAAUCAACCGGAUAUUCUCAGAAAAGCAGCAGAUGAAAUCGAUAUGGUAGUCGGUAAAAGCCGCUGGGUACAAGAAGCCGAUAUUCCAAAACUCAAUUAUGUAAAAGCUUGUGCUAGGGAAGCACUUAGACUCCAUCCAUUAGCUCCCUUUAACGUUCCGCAUGUAUCGAUUUCAGAUACAGUAGUAUCAGGCUAUUUUAUCCCGAGAGGAAGUCAUGUAUUGUUAAGUCGAACAGAAUUAGGUCGGAACCAUAGAAUUUGGCAUGAACCACUAAAGUUCAACCCGGAGCGUCAUUUAACAGCAAAAAAUGGCGGAGUAGCUGCUGUGGAUCUUGCCGAGCAGGAACUACGUUUCAUAUCAUUUUCUACUGGACGGCGUGGAUGUGUGGGUGGUUCACUUGGGACUGCAAUUACUAUCAUGUUAUUAGCUAGACUCAUUCAAGGGUUCGACUGGAGUGCUCCACCAGAUGAAUCGAUGAUAGAUCUAUCGGAAUCGGCUACUGAUUUGCUUUUGGCUAAGCCAUUAAUUGCUCAUGCCAAACCUAGGCUGCCUAUAAAUAUUUACCCGGUAGAGUAAUCAAAUUAUUUACAGCCGUUAAGUUUUUAUUUAUCCGUCGGACUAAAAAAAAAAUUCCAUUGUCUGUACGAUGUCAACGUAAAUGGGCUAGCUAGCCGUUAGUGGGGCGAGACAUGUCUGUAAUGAAGGCAACUUGGUACUAUUAUUUUUGCAGGAGGAGGCAUUAAAAAAAUGUGAUCCUGAUUAAACACAUACAUGUAUGGUCAUGAAGUGUCAUGGGUACACAACUUGGUACUAUUAUUUUCUGAACCAGUGAAUCAUUUGAUCUUGUCGGGUGAAAUAUAAUACCAUCGUUAAAAUGCAUUAUUGUUGAGAG